AUGGAUUUGGACAACGAUCUGGUGCUCGAGACGGUCUUUCGGAAGAUCGGAGACAAGCUCGGCAAGCCGCCCGUCCUGGUGCUUGACAUGCUUGACAUCCCGCGAUCGACCAAGGCAGGCAUGGGCUUCAUCUCCGGCUUCGCAAAGGCUUUCUCGUCGGUCUUGCAAGUUGUCCGAGAGCGGAGCCUGGCCGAGGUGACAGUCUGUGCCUCCUCGGCGUCGGCGGGUGGCCUCAACGCUUUGGAAUUGGUCGAUGCUUGCCAGCGCUACGCCGCAGAUGGGGAGGAGGCGCUUCAGGCCAAGAAGGCGGAGAUGGAGGAGAGGGCCUGCGAAGAUGUGGAGACUUUUUUGAGGGAUUGCAAGUUCAAGACGGUAGAUGACAUCACGCCGGCUGGAUUGAAAGCGCUGCUGCAGAACCGCGCAGGCGGCGCGCUGUUGGCAAGCUGGAAUGCCCACGCGGUCAUCUGGCGCAUACGGGAGGAAAAGUACCAGUUCGCUUCAGAGCUGCAUGCAGACAUUGACUUGGCUGUCUCAGAAAGUGGAGCUACUUUCGCUCGCGUAGUUUUUGGCGUCCUGGAUGAGGUUGACUGCGCUGACCUGCUGCGCUGCGUAAACCGGAAAGGAUUCACGCCGGCAUUGCUGAACAUCGGCAAUGGGCGCCAGCGCUUUGAGCCAGACAUUCGAAAUGGCCACCGCGCCAUCGUCGACAGCAAGGAGUUGAGCGACUACCUUUUGGAGGUGCUCCGGCCGCACCUCCCAGAGGUCGUGGACGGGGGCUUUCUGGUCGACUUGAAUGAGCGCUGCCGCGUGCUGUGCUACACACCUGGGCAGGAGUUCGGCCCGCACUACGAUGCCUGUUUCGUCCGCCCACGCGGCAGCCCGAAUGCUGGCGACGCCUCCAUGAUCACUGUACAGCUUUACCUCCAUGACGUCCCAGACAGCGCUGGUGGCGCCACCACUUUUCUUCCUGGAGAGCGAGGGGUGGGACCAAAGGAGCCUUUGCUGUGUCAGCCAAAGGCUGGUUCUGUCUUGCUCUUCACACAGAAUCUUCUCCAUGAAGGCUCCCUGGUCACCAGCGGCCUGAAGUAUACGCUCCGGACAGAAGCGAUGUACCGACCGGUAUGCUGA